AUGAAGAUAGAAUUGGCCUCACCGGUAUCUUUUAUCCGGGCCGGUAUCACCGAGCCCGGGUUUAAUCAUAUACUCAGUUUUCGUCGGCAGGCUUACGUUCCACCGGAAAUCAUUAAUACUUUGCCUGAACGUAUUCAGGUGGACUAUGAUGGUACAUCCUACUGGAUUUACGUGUCCUCAGACUCGAUGACGUGCUUUUUAUGCAAAAAAGAAGGUCACGUCGCUAAUAAGUGUCCAAACAAUACACAGUCGAAUGAGAAUUCGAAUCCCGCUAACAACGCUAGUGAUAUUUUAAAUGUCCCUAAUUUCCGUCCGCCCGUAACUUUCAAAAGACCGCACCCGCCUACUACGACCGAAUCGUCGCAAAGCGCGCCCGCUCCUACAGAAAUAUUGUUGUCAGAUAGCGAGGCUAUGAGUGAGUCUGACUCGAGCGAAGUUUCCAUCGACGACACUGACCCGGCUAAGAAAGUUGUUAAAAAACCAAAAAGGACGAUCGACAUACAACCCUCGGAGAUUACAGAAAUUGAAAAGAUUUUGGAAAGCGGCGAUUACCCCAUGUCGAUUAAAGAAUUUAUGAGUUUCUUAGAUGAAUCGUACGGUAAAGAAAAUAUUCUACAGAUAAGCUUAACGUACACGGAUGAUAUUGGACAGACCUUAGUAGACAAACCACCGAAACGUCCUUGGUUCGCAGACGCCAAUCUCAAUAAAAGAGAUUUAACUCUCUCCUUCCGCCUCCGUUCAAACCACAUUCCAUUGAAUAAUUUUAUUUACCUUAUGGGGAAAACGGACAAUCCCAACUGUACCGCUUGCGACCGAUACGAGGACCUCUAUCACAUGCUCAUGGAAUGUAGGAGGAACGAAGGUAAACAAGAAGAAGAUCCGAGAUACACGCUAACUACAAACGAGGACGGGGCAACGGUGUUUUCGUGUAAGAUUUGCCAGAAAGUGUUUAAGAAAAAGGAUCUUGUCAAGCAACAUUACAAUGAGGUGCAUUUGAAGAAACGCCGACAAUUUCGUAGCUGCCACCUCUGUGAUGUCUUGGUGCCGAGUCACAAGCGGCCGGCGCACAUGGAGGAAGCCCACGGAGUGCCCAUGCCGAAGUGCAACGCCUGCGGCAGAAAGUUCGCGUACGAAUUCAAAUUGUUGCGUCAUCAGAGAACAUUUCACAUGGGAGAACGAAACUACGAAUGUGACGUCUGCCAUAAGAAAUGUGCCCGUGCCUAUGAUUUAAACAAGCAUAUGUUCGUUCAUCGCUCCGAACGACCUUUUGAGUGCAAUGUUUGCGACAAGAGUUUUAAAACGGCAAAAUAUUUGGAAAUACAUAUGAGGAUACAUUUGAAUGACCGAAGAUUCGUGUGCAAGUUGUGCGGGGAGAGCUUCGUGCAGUGGCCCAGCUUGAAGUAUCACGUGACGAAGAGACAUCCCGAGGAACCAUAA